UUGUCGACAAUUUAUCGACUACGAAAUGGGAUAGGCCACAGCAGCAUAAAUUUUUCAUGUAAAGAUCACAAUUUAAUACACAUAUAGAAAUCGAAUAAAUACAUGACAUAAAUAAGUGGCCAUUCUGCAUACACUUGAUGCUCGAUCAAAUGACGUUAUUUAGCAUCAAAAUACGGGAAUAGACUAGGCCUAGCCUUGUUGUAACUAAACACAUCUCUAACCACUGGCUAGGCCUAGCCUAUUUCUGGUGGUAGCUAGCCUGGCCUAGAGAUGCUCUUGAUUGGAUGAGGCCUAGAGCCUAGCCAUAGAAAACCCAGUCUAUUAUUUCAAAUUAUUGGCUUACAUUACAAAACCAUGAUUUAAAAAUAAUAAUUAUAAUACUUGUUUUAUCUGCUGAAGUUUUUUAAAGGAAUCAUACAUAUUAAUUAUUAAGAAGGCUGAUGUGAUGAUGGUGCAGUCCGCAAAAUCAGUGUGAUAUUAAAUUAAUUGUCAGAGCAGAUGCAUUGAAUACUAUGAUACAUUUAUUCUUUCAAACAAAUUUAAUUUUGUAAUAUUUACGAUUGAGACAAGUAUAUAGGUAGAUGUCAUCCAUGCCAUCGUCUUGUGUUUCUUUUUUAUAGUAUUAUUAACAAUGCCUCCGACUAGAAAACAGUGUACAGGAGACAUCAUUAUUUUAUUAAAAAAAUAUUUGAAAAUUGUAAUUGUGAUUUAAGAAAAAGUUUAAACUUUCCAGUGUAUGACAUAUUUUUGCAAGGGAAUAUGACGUACAUUUAUUUAUUUUUUUGACAAUAUUCUCAGCACUUUUCCCAAAUCAAAAUAAACAUAUAUUACAAUUCAAUUUGAAACAACUUGAUUAAAAUGUUAACCAAUCAAAAGGCAAAGAUUUCUUUAACACAACAAACAAAAUAUUUAUUGUAUCCCCAAUCACAAACUAUAUCCUGAACUAUUACCAAAAAUAAAAAAUGUUUUUAAUGCCAAACUUAUAAAAAUCAAGUAGUACUUUAGGCCAAGUAACAAAAAUCACUUGUUUCCCGUCCCUGCCCGCGUCGAUUUUUUUGUUAUUUGUUAUUUGUCAAAAUUUUGUUUUUUGUUUCUGAAAAAACUUGAAAUGACGAUAUCUGACGCAUUUUCUAGACCGAAACCACGAAAACUCCACAAGCACGAUAGUGGUAUGGUAACGAUAAGCCGAUUUUGACGUGUUUUGAAGUUUACAAACGCAAGAAAUCUUUUACAGAAAGGGCUCUACAGCGUGGCUCAGCAAAACAGUGGAUUUUAGACAUGUCAAAAUGUUGACAGUAAGUCGUAUUAGAACCGACUCUAAAGGUUCUCCGAUGUUGAUGGUCCAAAACUAUCGAAGAAAGCAAUGACUUUUCAUUGAAAGAAAUGUUUAAUGAACGAUUCUAUGGUGCUAUAAACUCAGCAGAGGAGCCGUUAGAUGACAUUUUGUACGACACUGAAACGCUUGAAGUGAGUGUUGGCACCUCAAAGGAGGCACAAGAUAUAAGUAUCCCAGAUACUGAGAAAAUCCAGACAGCAACGAGAAUAGGGAUAUUCAUUGACUUCAACAUAGCAAAAAGACAGCAUAUAGUAGAGAAUGUUCAGCCUCUUAGAAAUGCCUUUGGUAUUAUGAUGGCAGCAGCGAAACCAAAGUGGAUGUUGCCAGAAAAACAGCCAGUAGAAAGGAAAAAUGGCCUGCUAAAAAUGCGGAAUGACAUGGUGGACUGGUUAUAUUCCCUCUCUCUUGGAUGGAUGAACGGAAAUGCGAAUACCACUGGGAAGGGGUUUAUCAACACUCUUACUAGUGUCAUGUGGGGCAUUGAUUGUCACCAUGGUGCCUUGCAGACAGGGGGUGUGGUGUCCCACAACUUUUUGAACACUUCACAGGCUAUCAAAACCCAGAAGCACACAAACAUGCAAAAAGGUGCUGAAACGAGAGGAUCUUGUGCAUUUGUCGCAGUCAUUAUUUCACCUUACAGAAAAAUCAUACAUGAAGGACAGUGUUUGGGAAAGAGUUAAAUGUUCAUUAACCAAGCUUUCUUAUGAGAAAGUUUGCAAUAUAUAAUAUGUACACUAUAGGGUAUUUCAUAUUUCUGUUACAUUGCUUUUUUCAAUAAAACAUAAAUAAAUUCCAUACUGUACCAUGUGUGUUUUAUUUGCUGUCAUGUCCUCUGGGUGCUUUACUGUAUGACUCUUUGUUUGUAUGACUGUAUGCACUACUAUCAAGAAAAUCAGAUGCGUUUUUAUGUAUUUUAUGACGCGCAAAAAAACAAAACAAAUAACAAGUGCCUCCCUCACCAACUUU